GACGUCGCGACGCGUAGCGGCGGCGCUGUGUGAGGAAGGAGCGGAGGGAGAGCGCUCUCGGCGGUUGUGAUCCAUUACCCUGUUUCUCGGUGACCCUCCCCCUCUCUCCGGUCCCUCAUUAGGUGCCAUUAGUCUCCGUGCCAGCCUACCGGACUACCCGCCCGGGUGUUACCGUGUCUUCGCCUCUCCGGAGCGAGCUUGCAGAUCACCCGACCGUGCAUGCGAUGGGAGCUCCACCAUGUCAGCCGAGACUGGGCUUGGUACACGUUUGAGGGCUGCAUCUGGAAUGGGUGACGGAGUUGAAGGGACUCAGAUGUCGGGGCCUCAGCAACCUGUUCCUUCCCAACCCCAGCCACUGGCUUCCCAAUCCAUAAACCCUCCUCCUCCUGAGACUACAAAAAUCAACCAAUCCAAGCGUCAGACCAACCAAUUACAGUACUUGCUUAAAUCUGUUCUUAAAACGUUAUGGAAGCACCAUUUUGCUUGGCCCUUUCAGCAGCCUGUGGAUGCUAUCAAACUCAACUUGCCUGAUUAUUAUAAGAUAAUUAAGACCCCAAUGGACAUGGGCACCAUUAAGAAGCGUCUGGAGAACUUUUAUUAUUGGAAUGCCCAGGAAUGUAUUCAGGACUUCAACACCAUGUUUACAAACUGCUACAUCUACAACAAGCCUGGAGAUGACAUAGUAUUGAUGGCUGAAGCCUUAGAGAAAAUGUUCCUACAGAAGAUCUCUGAAAUGCCCCAGGAGGAGACUGAACUGAACAUUGUACAGAACAAAGGACGAGGCAGAGGAAGGAAGGAACCAGAUGCUCCAGUUACCCCAAUGAGAACCAGAGUUCUGUCAGGAUCCCAAGCAGAAAAGACCCCAAAACCCCCUGUGACAGCUGUCUCUAAACCACCAACCCCUUCACCGCCUGUUGUGACUCGUGCACCAUCACCUCCUCAAACCAGACCAGUACCUGCUCGGGCUCCUGCAGUUACGCAGUCUCCCAUUACCUUCUCCCCUACCAUUACACAGGACCUAGGUGUACCCACAAUAGUGACCCCUUCUGCCUCUCAACCUAUACAAAAUCACCCUCCAAUUAUCCCAACUGCAGCACAGCCUGUAAAGACAAAGAAAGGUGUGAAAAGGAAAGCAGACACGACAACUCCAACUGCUCAUGAUCCCUUGCAUGAGUCCUCUCCAGUCCCCAGUGAGCCCAAGCCACCCAGAGCAGGCCCACGACGGGAGAGUGGUCGCCAGCCUCGUCCAGCCAAGAAAACUGAGGUGCCUGACUCCCAGCUGCCUGCACCUCCUGUUCUUCAACCACCGCCACAACCACCUGUUGUUCAAGAGAAAAGCAGCAGUGGCAACAAAACUUCUGAGCAGCUGCGCUAUUGUGCAGGCAUUGUCCGGGAGAUGUUUGCCAAGAAGCACAGUGCCUAUGCCUGGCCCUUUUACAAACCGGUGGAUGUUGAUGCACUGGGGCUCCAUGACUACUGCGACAUUAUAAAGCAUCCCAUGGACCUUGGCUCCAUCAAGUUGAAGCUGGAGAACCGUGAGUACCGGGAUGCUCAGGACUUUGCCUCAGAUGUGCGGCUCAUGUUCUCCAAUUGCUACAAGUACAAUCCACCUGACCAUGAGGUGGUGGCCAUGGCCCGCAAGCUUCAGGAUGUUUUUGAAAUGCGGUUUGCCAAAAUGCCAGACGAGCCAGAAGAGGCAUCUGGUGCAGCACCCUCACCUGCCCCAGGGCCCCCAGCUCCUUCUAUCAAGGGGCCACCUCCCACAUCCAGUGACAGCAGUAGCGACAGCUCUUCAGACAGUGAGAGCAGUUCAGACAGUGAGGAAGAGAGGGCACAGAGACUAGCAGAACUCCAGGAACAGUUGAAGGCUGUACAUGAACAGUUAGCGGCACUUUCUCAGCCGCAGCCGAACAAACCAAAGAAGAAGGAACGUGAAAAGCGCAAGGAGAAGCACAAGAGGAAAGAGGAGGUUGAGGAGCCACGGAAGACCCGAGUUCGGGAACCUCAAGCCAAGAAACCUAAGAAAAGUACUCAAGUACCUGGGACAACACCAAGUAUAAAAAAAGAAGCACCACCCCCUGUUGCAAGACCUCCUCGCCCGCCUCCACCUCCUGCUCCCUGUGAAUCUUCAGAAGAGGAGCCACAGCGUUGUCGACCCAUGUCCUAUGAGGAGAAACGCCAGCUGAGCUUGGACAUAAAUAAAUUGCCAGGAGAAAAGCUGGGUCGGGUAGUACACAUUAUACAGUCACGAGAACCCUCUCUUAAGAACUCCAAUCCUGAUGAAAUUGAGAUAGAUUUUGAGACCCUUAAACCGUCCACACUUCGAGAGCUAGAACGAUAUGUCACCUCCUGCCUAAGGAAAAAGCGAAAGCCACAAGAUAAAAUAGAUGCCCCCUCUUCUGGCUCCGGUAAAGUUAAAAACUUCUCAUCUUCAGAGUCUGAGAGUUCAAGCGAGUCCAGCACCACAGACAGCGAUGAGUCCGACUUAGAAACUGCUCCAAAGCAGAAAAAGAAGAGUCACUCAGGGAGAGAAUCUAGAAAGCACCAUCACCAGCCUCAUCCUGCUCCACAACCAGUUGUCCCUCCUCCUCCUGUUCUUAAGCCACUGUCUCCUGCUGCUCCUCCUUCUUACCCUACAGCCUCAACCCUGGAAACCACCCACCCUUCUCUCCACCACCCUCUACAUUCUGGUAGUGUCUUCGAAGCAGUGACUCCCCAUUAUGGGCAGCAAGUUUUACACCUACCUGUUCCUGAUCUUCCACCACAUCUAACAGGGCAGCCGGAUCACUGUUCACCCCCACAUCUAAACCAACAUGCCCUCAUCAGUCCUCCCGCUCUACACAAUGCCAUGCCCCAGCAGCCUUCUCGCCCUUCCAAUCGUGCUGCUGCUCUCCCACCAAAACCUGCUCGGCCUCCAUCUGCCUCACCACCUGCCCCUCAACCCCAUCACCAACCUCCCCCUCAACCCCACCAUCAUCAUUCUCAGCCCCCCCAUGCCUUGCUUGAGGAUGAUGGACCUCCUUCACCUCCUAGUGGUCUCCCUCACUCUCCAAUUCAGCUUGGCCCUGCACAGAUGGCACACUACCUGCAACAGUUUCAGAAAUCUCAGCAACCUCCUGCCCAGUCUCCUUUGCAGCCUCUCCUACCCUCUGUGAAAGUACAGUCCCAAGCACCACUGACUGCUCCUUCACAGUCAAUGCGACACCUGCAUUCUUUGGCUUACACUACUCCUCCUCCUUCCUCGGGUACCACAGUUCCUCAACCCCCUUCACAUGUGCACCAGUUACAGUCUCCUGCUGUUGUCUCUCAUCCACAACCUGUUGUGCAGGCUCCACCUGCAUCACAACAGCAGCAUUCAGCACUGCAAGGCUCCUUGACUGCUCCACACCAGCAGCAUGCACAGCAUCAGCAGGCAAAAACACAACAAGUAAUCCAGCAUCAUCACCCAUCACCACGUCAGCAAAAGCAAGAGGCUUAUCCUGGAGGUCAUUUGCGAGAAGCCCCUUCCCCUCUUCUCCUUCAUUCGCCUCAAGUUCCUCCUUUUCCAGGCUUGCCACUCCCUUCCUCACCGCAGGCUGGGCAGCCCAAGAAACAGGAUAUAAAAGGAGCAUCAGUUCUCCAGCCUCAGCCAUUUGUGGUGAAGGAGGAAAAACGUCAAUCACCAUCACUUCGUCCUGAAAGCUUCUCACCAGGAAUGAUAAGAGCUGAGCCUCAGAAACUCCAGGAGGCCCUAAAGGGUGCCAGCCACAGCCAACCACGGCCAGAUUUAAAAUCUAUGGAUGGAGGCCGACCUGUAAAACCACCUGAGCAGAUCAUCCCACCACCGGGCGUCUCAGAAAAGGAAAAGCAAAAGCAAGAACCUAAGACGCCUGUUGCACCUAAAAAGGACCUAAAGAACAUAGCACGUUGGGCCACUGUGACACAGAAACCAACAGUCACUCCACCUGCACCGUGCAAAUCGUCCAGCGAUAGCUUUGAAUUAUUCAGGCGUGCAGCACGUGAAAAGGAAGAACGUGAGAGGGCUCUAAAGCUCCAGGCUGAGCAAGCCGAGAGGAUGCGCAGAGAGCAAGAGAGGAUGAGGAAUCGAGAGGAGGAUGAUGCUCAGGAGCAAGCACGGAAAGCGCAUGAGGAAGCACGCAGACGGCAAGAACAGCAGCAGCAACCGCAUGUGCAGAGUACCCUUCCUUCUGCUCCACCACCUGCACAGAGUUCCCAGCCAAUCAUGGAUCAGCGAGAGAUGGCCAGGAAGCGAGAACAAGAGAGGAGGCGGAGACAGGCAAUGACUCCUUCUAUAGACAUGAAUUUUCAGAGUGACCUGAUGGAGAUAUUUGAACAGAACCUUUUCUCUUAAGACUUUUUUCUCCUCACCACCACCUCCUCCACCACUUUACUCCUUAAAAUCCCUUCCCACAAUUUCCAGUUUUUUUUUUGGUUUUUUUUUUUUUAUGUCAGAAAAGGGGCAGGAGGAUCCCUCCCAACAAGAGACACUGAAUAUGCUCCCCUCCUGUAUUUUUAUCCCCAGCCCCUGUAUAUUGAGGCAAUGUAUCUCCAAAAGUGAUACCAGAAGAACAGCAGUAUCUACCCCCCUAUUUCUUGGAUUAUCGUGCAGUAAAUCCUCCACCCUUCACCUCUGUCAAUGCUGAACUAUGUUGAAGAGCAGAAACUCUCCAGGAGGGCGAUCUGAAUCUCUUCCCUCAACCCCCUUUCUGUGAGACGUGGAGUGGAACACUUUGCAAUGAAUGAGGUUCACACAGAGGAGAGUGCGGGUUUUGGGUGGAGAGAAAUGUGUGCUUGAUUUUGUUUGAAGAAGAAAAGGGGGCUGCAGAAUAUUGAUCUUUGUGUGUGUACGCGCGUACGUGCAAAUGAGUCACUAAUAUAAGGAGAUUAGUGAGUUUCAGAGAUUACUGGCGUACAUAUUCAGAUUGCUCUGCAACUAUUACAUACAUCUUUGUGCCCUUACAUAUUUUUUAAAUUCUCUCUAACCUUUCUGAGUUCACUUGCUGCUACACCCACAAGCAUAAAUGUACUUAUUUAUUUAGUGCACAUAGAAUACGCAGAGCAAUGUUCAAUGACAUCAAGAUUAGUAUUAGUCCAUAGAAUUCAGAUUGCUGUGUGGAACAUCUGUCACACAGCUCUGCAUUUAACAAUGUAAUCCGGACGUACAAUUACUAAAAUGCGUUACCAGUCCCAAGCAGCGUAUACGAAAUGCAUUUCUAGGUGCUGAGCACUGAUUUUUAUACAGACUGCUUUUAAUAUGUCCCUGUAUUUUAUAAAUUCAGACCCCAGAUUGCCACGUGCCUGCCAGGGACAGCAUUCUCUCCUGUGGUUCUAUUCUGUAACCUUCCAUCUUCCAUCAUUACGCUGCACAAAAUCUGCUUUUACUUUAUUUUUAUGUUGCUUUCUUGGUAUUUUUUUUUUCUAUGCUCUGCAUCAGUAUGUCAUUUAUGCUUAUUCGGAGUUGGGUACGCAAUUCAUAGCCAUCUUAAAAUGCACAUUGGUCUGUGUAAAAACAAUGCUGCGUGCCUGGAUGCCAUUUUGUAUCUUUGCUCUGCUAAAUACAUCUGUUGCUUUUUUUUAUUUUUUUAAAUAGUAUUUCUAUGUGCCUGCAUCAUGUUUCCUUUGUUUAUAUAUACCAAGAGUAUCUCGCACACGUGUCCUCCAUGUGUUGUUGUUUUUUUUUUUGUGUAUAUGUAUAUUUAUACACAUACACGUUCUCAUGUACAUGUAUAUAUCCAGUUUAUGAUGUGUUAUUUUUCUCAUAUACAUCUAAAAAGUUCUUUAAACUCAGGUAUUAAAAAAAAUCCCCAAUCUGCGAAGCUCAAGAGUUGCUCUGUAUACUUAACGCAAGUUCUCAUGCAUGCUAGCCUGACACAUGCAUACAGGCAUUGCUCACAUGGCAUGAUCUUAAGACAAGAUGGUUUAUAGCCUCACAGGUUGUCGCACAUGGGAUUUAAUAAACAUAUAUACCAUUAAAACAUUUGAUAUAGACAAUUGCUCUGCAUAUUUUACCCAUGCUGCUCUGCAGAGUUUUUCCAAUCAGUUUGUGUGGCUACAACUACAGCACCACCAAUGCAUCAUUUAGUUAAUCUACAGGGGAACUGCAUACAUUGUACAGGUUCUACUCUGAUCAUAUUUUAAGAUUCACAAAUAAAACGUUUUCUACAAUUUCACAUUGUUUAAGAACCCUGCCGGCAUGCAGCAAUAUUGGCAGCCCUUAAGCUGCUUACUCUUGUUUGUAGAGCAGAGACCUAUCCUAUCUCUUAAAUUUCCUAUUCACCCGCACACUAAUCUUCAUACUCUUCCCAGUACUCUGUAUUGAAAAACUGUACUGCGUUUUACACAAAGUUCAGUGCUCCGCGUCUGCAGGUUAAUAUAGUGCAAUUUUCUGCACACACAAUACAAUACUCUGCAGGCUCCCAAAGCCUUCACUCUUAAGGGCUGCAGUCUUCUAUAACUGCAGUACCCACUUAUAAAUGUAGUGCAGAUCUCGUGCGUGCGUGUGUGUAUGUGUAUGGGGUCUCUAAUUGUUGAUUAUGAGGGCAAAACCCAAUUUGAUACAAACCUAACCUUUCCUUCCUAACCCCUCCUUUCCUGCCUCUGUAAUUUUACCCUUCCUUUUGUUUAAUUUCUCUUUUUUUGUUCUUUGUUUCUUUUUUUUUAUUUUAUAUAUAAAUAUAUAUAUAAUUUGAACUGUUUAAAAAAAAAAAAAAAAAAAAACACAAGAAACUCAAAACAAAUCCUUUAUGUGCCAUAUGCUCUGUCUCCCUUCCUUUAUCGACCCACCUCCUUUUUUUUAGAUAGUGUACUGUCCCAUUUCCUCAUGUUUUCCUGAGUAACAGGCACAGAAGUCUGUGUUGUAACUGAUUUCAUGCAAUAAAGUCUUUUUUUAUUAUAUUUUCAUUUUCCUUUUGAUGUAUUUAAAGAAUAUCUAUUUUAAGUUGUUUUUCUACCUUUUCCCCUGCAUCCCAUUCCCUUCACCAAAUCCUUCCCUUUUAAUACCUUUGGAAGAAGGGGUGUGGUGUUGUCCUCUGCAGAAAGAGGGGAGAGUUUACCCCACAGUAUAUGUUUAGGUCAUGUGAGGUGGUGGUAGGGAAGGGUGUUACUGGUGCAGUAUUUGUAAGGUGAGAUGGUUAAGUGAUGCUCUGCAGGACUGUCUAAAUUUUCAGGGCUGGCAUUGAUAUGUUCAUGUGAAACGUAGCAGGAACUUUAUGCUGCAUUUAUUACAGGUGGUUAAAGGAUAUGUAAUAUUUGACCAAUGCUCUGUACUGUAUAAAGCAAAUCAUUUGAAGUCAGGUUACUAUCAACUAUAAAGUGUUACUGGCACAGAAGGAACUUGCAAUUGAAUACGCUAGUCAGGUUUGCUUAGCCAGAUUUUUCAACUUCAGCCUUCUAACUAGAUUUGGACUGCAAUCUCCAAAUUCCAGCCAGUGCAGCCUGACAAUUAUGGGAUGUGUAGCAAUAGCUAAUGAUUGAACGUCCAUAGCAUAAAUGGAUGUGCUGCAAGUCUCUGGCAUGUUAGUGGUUAACGAGGUUGUGUUUUACAAGGUGAAACUACAAAUGCAGUGUUAGAUUAGUUUUGAAAUCCCCACACCUUUUCCUUUUCUUUUCCAGAGGUUAUUAUUGCAGCCUUUAAUGCUGGUUUCGGUGACAUCAAAAAUCACAAUGUGGCCCAUUACAGCACAAAUCAUGAUGAAAACUAGCAAGAUUUAAUAUAUCUAUUUUUAUUUUGUUACUGUGUGUGUUUAAUAGCUAAAUAAUUACCCAAGAAUUGCUGAUGUAAAUAUUUAAGUCAAACACUUCACAGAGAAAAAAAUAAUUGCUCCUCAGUAUCCCAUAUAAAGGAAAGCAUUUUGAUUAUGCUCACAAAAUGUUCAGAGAGUUUGUUUAAAAUAAAUACUGUAAAGAUGGAUGCACUGUUUUUGGUUUGUUUUUAAAGGGAAAACAUACCAUGUGUUUUCUAGCCCUAAUACAGCCAAUGGAUGCUUGGAGAUUUAUGUAUUUUUUUUUCUCCCUUCCUUAAAAAGGGUUGAGAAUAACUCUUAACUCUAAAGGUCUGGUACAUCAUGUGAUGGUAUUAAGACAAUUCACCAGCUUCUGAAAUAUUACACCAUUAUCUCUAAAUCCCCGAUCCAGGCAAAGUUCAGGAUCAAACUCUUCAAUCUGAAAAUUAAACUUGGAUACUCCAAAAUUGAUCUUCAUAUCAUGAUCUCAUCUGCUUCUCUCUGGUAGUGAAAAAUUAUUUUGGAUCAUUUGAUUUAUGGAGUUUUCAGCAUUAUCCUUUUGUAUGUUAGAGGAAGAGGUGAACUAUGUCGGUAUAUCUGUGCAUUUUCUGUUCACAUAUAUAUAUUUUUGGGGUUUUUUUUCUGUCUCAUUGCUGGCAGUGUACACAUCUCCAUGCUUGCUUUGUCAACCUCUUUUGCCAUGAUAUUUACCAGUCUUAAGGCUAGCUGUGCAUCAAAUUAAAUAUAAUUUAAACUUAUUUAGGGUACUGGAGGUAGUCAUCAGAGAGUUGAUUUUCUUUUGUUACCUAUGGACACAGUAUUAUGGUUGUAAAAAUAUAGCAAAUCAUGUCUUUUUGUUAGAGCUGAAAAUGAAUUUGCAUAGCAAACAUGUCCCUGGUUUUCUUAAUAGUGAUGGGAGGCAGGGGGGAAUCUGCAGUACAACAUAUGUUGGAUAAAACCUCAUUUAAGUUCAAGUGCUAAAAUUAGCUCAGUAUUGUAAAUGCAAUUACCAAAUAUUAUGUGAGACAUUAUUAAAAAGGAUACUGUAUUUCAUAUAGUGUACUAUAGACAUUUGUCAACAUCAAAGGCUCGGGCUCACAGCACAGUUUUAAAUAAAUUCUUGUUAUAAAGUGUU